AUGGCAAUCGCUUUGAACUCUUUACCUCUCGAGAUUCUCGACCAAAUAUGCAGAUCUCUCCCUCGCCACCGGGAUGUGAGCAAUUUUCGACUUGCCUGCCAUAGACUGGCUGACGUGGGCCUCCCUGCGCUGCUUCCCAGAUUGACUGUCCAACUCUUCCCUGAGAGCCUUGAGCGGCUGUGCGAUAUUGCAUCGGACCCCGUCCUCAAACAUCAUGUGUUCAUCAUUGUCUUUGUCAUGGACAUAUUCGACCCCGAUGGCAGCACCUUCGAGGAAUGGCAGGACAACGUAGCCGAGAUGGCUGAGUUCGAUCAUCCGGCCGUCAGUUUCGAAAUGCUCUCUGAUGAGAUGGAGAUGAGGGCUAGCUGGGAGAGCCUUGGGCUUCUGCUUUCCAGGCAGGAAGACGCUUUCAGAAUUUUUGAAUCUUCACGGGUGCAGGACGCUUUGCAGCAAUUCAGAAAUCUGAACUAUCUUGAGGUUCGGUUUUCUAGACCCCUGGAUGGCACAUCCCGCGACGAGACAUAUAAGAAUAUCUUGGAACGGCAUCCCUACAUCUACAAGGACAACCAUCCAUUUUAUCCAUCUGAUCCACUAUCAAUGUAUACGGGCCUUCCAGGGAUCAAGCCGCUCCGGACGCUAUUACGCGGCAUAGGGAAACCUGGGCUUAGAGCCCUGAGGGUGGAAGCGCUCGACGCUAGCUUUUUCAAUGGCAAUCUUACCGCUAAAGCAGCCGAGUUUAACUCUCUUCUGGGCAGUCUUCGAGAUCUCAACACCCUUCAGCUCACUGUCACUCAUAGCGAUGAUGGCAUGGAGAGCGCUCAGAGCAGCCUAUCUACGGACCGGUUCAGGACUUUCCUAUCCUCAGCACCCCAUCUGGAAGAUAUAGACGUUCAAUUUGGCAACAAGGACUCGAUUCAAUUUUAUCCCAAAGUCGCCGACGUCCUACCCGGGGAAUAUUCAUGGCCGAACCUACAAAGGCUCCGGUUAUCAGUCGUCGAAAUCUCGCCUCCAGUCUUUCUAGAUUUCCUUCGCCGCCAGCAGAGGCUCAAGGUUCUAGAACUAAGCCACUGCCAGCUCCCAGAAGGAAGCACUACCGGCUGGUCGGAUUUCUUGGCGCCCCUCGCCGUUGACCUUGGUUUGAAGAAGCUUACGCUUUCUGGAACUUUCGCGUUGGGUCAACCCGACGGCCAAGAACCACCUUACGUCGACAUGCGUGAUGCGGUUGACGACAUGGAGCUCCAGGUGUGUGAAGCCAUGAACAUGGUGGUCUGCUCAAAGGAGUUUGAUGCAUUCUUGCAUAACGAGGUGGCGAUGCAUGAGGAUCUGGACGUGGGCGCUGUCAAGACGGGCAUUAUCCAGAGUUUGAUGGACCAGCCUCCUACAAGAGCGUCAGAGAAUAUCACUAUUCGUAUCCCUACAGACUAUGCGCACUAUUUCAAGUCUUUUGCCUUGGUAACUGAUAGCUCGAACUGGGGGAGGGGCGGUAUGUGGGUGUCGGGUUAUGCAAGGAGUCUCAGGCCCGUUAUAGAAGCUCCGGAAGCGCCGCGGUUCUGA